AUGGGAAGAGAGACCGGCAUGGCGGCAAACCUGACGAAGGAAACUGCUAACAAGGAGGAGAAACAAAGUUCAGAGAAGUGCAUCAAGAAAGCAUGGAUGAGUGUUGCUCUCUGGAAGCACCGUUACGAGCAGUCCUGCAAAAAGUAUACUGUGUUGGAAGAGCAAUUCGACCAUUUGAAACAGAUGAGAGCCCACCAGGAGGAGAACCUGAAUAGAGCGAAAAGAAUGUACGAAGCGGCGGUUCGGGUCGCCAUCAGACAGAACUCGGAGAUUGAACGGUUAAAGGCGACGAUGGACGAUCGACUCUCCAGCCUGCAGAGUUUGCUUAAACGACAGAUGAACGGGAUACGACAGUCGGCAAAUUCUCGCGUUCUGCAGUGUUUUGAGGAACGGAACAAUUCUGACCUGGAAAGGGCUGCCCUCGUGCUCCGCCUCAAUCGAGUGGAUGAGGAGCUCAGACGGUUAAAAGUAGAGAGGGUAUCUAACGCUGUUCCCAUGAAUUUGGCAGGGCAAAUUGGUGACUCUUCAGACCUAACUUACCUACGAGCAGAACUGAAACGUCUUGAAAGAGAAGCUCUGGAAGCGGAGGCGAGUGAGCGGGUAAAGUUACUGGGGCAGGAGAUUUCAUUGAGGGAUCUCGAGCUCAGUUCAUACAAAGAAAAAUUGGCCCAACUUCAAAGCAACUUUGCACGUCAAGAUCAGAUGCUUUCUGCUCGUAUUGCCGAAUUGGAAUCGUAUAAAAGUAGGGAGCUGGAACUUCGACGCUCAUUUGCACAACAGAUUCAGUCACUGGAGCUGUCUCUGAGUGCUGCCCAUCAGGCCUUUGCGGUUCGCGAAAAGCAGCUUCUUCGACAGUUGCACGAUGCUAAGAUAUAA